AUGUUUUUACCACAAAUUCAUACGCUUAUUCAAAGGAAACAUAAACUUGAAAAUUUAUGCCGUGGUUACAACAAUAGGCUCAAGUUACUGUCACUUUUUUUUCAAAGACCUGUACUUUUUUUCUUUUUUUUCACUUCCUUCGUCGCCCAAUCCGGCUAUCUCGUGUUUCCUUCUUUCUUUUGGGUUUUCUGGUUUGAUUUUUUCUUAUAUAUUAUUAUUAUUAUUAUUAUUCAGUCAUGCAAUCUGACAAAGACUUCUCCCUCGUCGGGCUCCUCGUGGAGUCGGGCAGGGCGCAGGACUUCGAGUCCCUGCAGAUCGUCCACAAAACCUCCGUCGUGGAGUCCUCGCAGACGGCCCAGAGCGAAGGGAUAA